UUUUUUACCAGCUCCAACACAGCUGUCCCAAGACCAGCUAGAACUUGAGGAAAGAGCCAGAGCCCAAAGAUCCAGGCAGACUGCGCUCGUCUCCUCGCGGAGGGAACCUCCUCCCUACGGGUACCGGAAGGGAUGGAUACCACGGGCACUAGAGGAUUUUGGAGAUGGAGGUGCUUUCCCAGAAAUUCAUGUGGCCCAAUAUCCAUUGGAUAUGGGCCGAAAGAAGAAAAUGUCCAAUGCUUUGGCUGUUCAGGUGGAUGCAGAAGGAAAAAUAAAAUACGAUGCAAUUGCUCGACAAGGACAGUCAAAGGACAAGGUUAUUUACAGCAAAUACACAGAUCUUGUGCCGAAAGAAGUCAUGAAUGUGGAUGAUCCUGAGCUGCAAAGACCAGACGAGGAGGCAAUUAGAGAGAUAACAGAGAAGACCAGAGCAGCCUUGGAGAAAUCAGUCUCCCAAAAAGUUGCAGCAGCCAUGCCAGUUCGAGCUGCUGACAAACUGGCUCCUGCACAGUACAUUCGGUACACACCAUCUCAGCAAGGUGUUGCCUUCAACUCUGGAGCAAAACAGAGAGUUAUUCGGAUGGUGGAAAUGCAGAAGGACCCCAUGGAGCCUCCAAGAUUCAAAAUUAACAAGAAGAUUCCACGUGGACCACCUUCUCCUCCAGCACCUGUAAUGCACUCUCCUAGCAGGAAGAUGACUGUGAAAGAGCAACAAGAAUGGAAAAUUCCUCCAUGCAUUUCAAACUGGAAAAAUGCGAAGGGUUACACCAUUCCCUUGGAUAAGCGUCUGGCUGCAGAUGGCAGAGGAUUGCAGACUGUCCAUAUUAAUGAAAACUUUGCCAAGCUUGCUGAGGCUCUCUAUAUUGCUGACAGAAAGGCUCGUGAGGCAGUAGAGAUGCGCGCCCAGGUAGAGAGGAAGAUGGCUCAGAAAGAAAAGGAGAAACACGAGGAAAAGCUCCGAGAAAUGGCUCAGAAAGCCAGAGAGAGAAGAGCAGGGAUCAAAACCCAUGUUGAAAAAGAGGAUGGAGAAGCUAGAGAAAGAGAUGAAAUCAGACAUGACCGGCGCAAAGAGAGACAGCAUGACAGAAACCUUUCCCGAGCAGCCCCUGACAAAAGGUCAAAGCUGCAGAGAAAUGAGAACAGAGAUAUCAGUGAGGUUAUUGCCCUGGGGGUACCCAACCCCAGGCCAUCCAACGAAAUCCAGUAUGACCAGAGGCUGUUCAACCUGAGCAAGGGUAUGGACAGUGGCUUUGCUGGAGGAGAGGAUGAAAUUUAUAAUGUUUACGACCAGCCUUGGAGAAGUGGCAAGGACAUGGCCCAAAACAUCUACAGGCCGAGUAAAAAUGUGGAUAAGGACAUGUAUGGUGAUGAUUUAGAGGCUCGAAUAAAGACUAACAGGUUUGUUCCUGACAAAGAGUUUUCUAGCUCAGAUCGUAACACCAGAGGGAGGGGCAGAGAUGGACCAGUUCAAUUUGAGGAGGAUCCAUUCGGUUUGGACAAGUUUCUGGAAGAAGCUAAGCAACACGGUGGUUCUAAACGGCCAUCGGAUAGCAGCCGCCCGAAAGAACAUGAGCAUGAGAGCAAAAAGAGGAGGAAGGACUGAAUGCCUCUGCUCCUUGAGAGGUAGAGAAAUGGACUGCAGGCUUGGACUUCAUGCAAAAGGAUUUUUUAAUACCAGAGGUGUAUAGGAGGAUGGCGUUGUAGUGCAGCAGUUUACAACUCUUGCUGUGUAUCGAUACACACACACUAGUUCUACAUGUGACAGCUACCCCGGGAGAGUGGAGGAAUGGAAACCACUUUGAAACAUUUCAGAUGGGAAUUAGUUGUUCUUUAGCUAAAGUGCUCUGACUUUGCUGAUUCCCCACUGCUCAGCAUCUCAGGGUACGAAUGUAGUCCCUUCCUACAGCUUUAGUUUUUGUAGGUAGCUAAAGCUUUGACCUCAUCUGUUAAAAGCUUUCCUGCUGUAUAUAAAUUACUGUCUUAGGCUGUACUGGAUGCUGGGGUGUUUGAUUCAGUGUUUCUUUAGUGUGGCUAUACAGUUCAUUUGAACAAGGAGGGGAAACAGCUGGAUUCUGUUUUAAAACAAACACUCAUUAAUAGUUUCUCAGUAAUCUUUAUUUUAGUUUCUUUAUAUUUAGUGAAAUAAAGCCUCCUGCCACCGCUCA